AUGGAGUCUGAGAAGCAGAAGCAAGGUUUCUAUGCCAUCUUUGCGCAUGCUGGUGCUGGCUAUCACUCCCGCGAGAACGAAACUGCGCAUCUCGAGGCUUGCCAACGUGCACUUAAGGCUGGAAUGAACUUCCUGCGCAAUGGUGCCACCGCAGUGGAUGCCGUGGAAGUGGCCAUCAUGAUGAUGGAGGACGCAGUCAUCACCAACGCUGGCUACGGAAGUAAUCUGAACGUCAAGGGUGUGGUUGAGUGUGAUGCCUCAAUCGUCGACCAUUUCGGUCGCAGUGGUGCUUGCGGUGCCGUUCCAUCUGUCAAGAAUCCUAUCAUGGUUGCUCGCAAGAUCUAUGAUCAGGCCUACAAGUCUCCUGGCUUGUCCCGUGUCCCGCCAAAUUUCAUUGCUGGAGAAGGUGCCGCUGACUUCGCUUGGAACAACGGGAUCGUUAUUGUUCCAGACAAUGAUCUCAUUUCGCCUUGUGCAAGGGAGCGCUACGAGUCUUGGCGCAAGGAAAUUCUUGAGUGGGAAGCUGAGUGCCCUGAGGAAGCUGCGAGAGAUCCGUUUGCUUCUUGGCUUCGUCGUCCGGGCGUGCCACAUCCCAUCACUCGUAUGGAAGUUGACAUUCAGGCUAAGUUCAACGAGGCGGUACCCCCAAUCCCCGGGUCUGACGAUGGAAUCAUGUAUCCCACCCAACUGAAGAGUGGAGAUUCGACCGAUGGUUCUCGCUCAAUGCCGCAGUCGGACACUGUAUGGCCGGGCUCUUCCAUUUCCAACCAGGCUGCUCCCACUGGCUAUGAUCGAUCGGCUCAGGAUGGAACCUGUGAAGAGCCGUCUCGAGAUACCAAAGAACCUGCACAGGGUCGCAGUGGAAAGAUGGACACAAUCACAGAUACUGUGGGCGUCAUUGCGGUUGACAUGUUUGGUCACAUCGCUGCGGGAUCCUCGUCCGGAGGUAUUGGUAUGAAGCAUCGAGGCAGAGUGGGACCUGCGGCCUUGAUUGGUAUUGGUACUCAUGUCAUUCCGGUCGAUCCAACUGAUCCUGAAGAGACCACUGUGGCUGCUGUUACUUCCGGGACUGGCGAGCACAUUGCCUCCUCCUUCGGUGCCAGUACCUGUGCCAGCCGUCUCUACUACAGCCAACGAAUGGGUCGUGCUGGUUGCUUUGACAACGUGGGCGACGAAGAGGCGAUCAGUGCAAUGAUCAAGAAAGAAUUUGCAGGCCACCCUGCAGUGCUCAACAGCGAGUUCCCCGGCUCAAUUGGAAUCUUGUGUGUGAAGAAGAAUGUAGACGGCAUCGCUUUCCACUUCGCUCACAACACCGAGUCCUUUGUGAGUUUGUCUAUGAGAGUCCCCUUCCUUGAACACCCAGCUAACCUGCCUUCCAGGCUGUCGGGUCGAUGUCGUGUUACGACACCGCGCCAUCUUGCCUCAUGUCUCGCAACUCUCGGCGUAGCGGUGUCGCGCAGGGAGGAGUCAUGA